CAAGAAACACGAGUCUUUGCUGUAAGGCGAUUUUAUUAAGUGUAAAAAUAUAAAAGUGGUAUUUCUAAAGAACAGUCUUAUUAAAAACAAAUUUACAAACCACACUUGCAUUCAGACAAGUUUUAACUUUAUAAAUGUAGCAUUUGAAUGAAAGGACACACACACUCAAUUUCAAAAUCAGUUAUGAGUUCCAUAAUGUGGCUCUAUCCAUGUCAAACAGGCUAUUCGUGAGACUUUGGUCAAUCAAUGUCAAAUUCUCAACACAUACUGUUACAGCAAGUUAACAUCUGACAGUUAUACUAAAAAGAAAAAAAAUACAUGCACCAAGGAUUAUUAUAGACAAACAGGCUUAUAUGAGUAAAUAUCUGUACUGAAAAAAAACAUCUCAUCACGCACGGCGCAAUGAUGGUCACCAACAAAAAAAUUAUUGCAAAAACAAACAAAAUAUGAGUGUUUGCAAGUAAAUUGCUACAAUAUAAACAGUGAAUUAGUGUGUAUUCUGCACUGACAUCACAAAACUUUAGCAGACAACUCUUUCAGGCACAGUUAAUGUUGCCUGUAUUGAUCACAUCACACGUUUAAUCCACCUCAUUCAAAAUAAGUUCUGAUAACUAAAAAUCUAUUUAAAAGACUCAUCAAGAGUCAUUCAAUGGAAUAAAAUGAAACAUCAAGAGACGUAGAAACAUGGUUAAAAAACCUUUUCAUUGGCAUUGAUCAUCGGGUGCUCAUAUCUCAUCACUCAGUCGGAGAGACUCUGUCUAGAGGCCAAGCCAGGUGCUUACAAAUAUGUUAUAAAAAAUAUAUUGCGUACACUGUCCCAGCAGUUGGAUCUAUUGAAAAUGUUACUGACAAACAAAUAUAUUCCGAGUAAAGUGAGUAAAAAGGGCUACAACAGCUAUUACAGUUUAAAAACAUGAAUUACAGGCAGCUAAUGGGAGGGUGUUGGAGCUCAUGAACUGUCAUGUCCACACUGUUAAUAAAAAAUAAUUUUACAGGUAAUGGUCUGUAUUAUUUUACAGAAUUUUUCACUUUUUCCAUUAAAAAGUUAAUGCCUGUUAUUUUAUGGAUUUUUGCUGUACUAAAAAAUACUACUUAUUAAAUUAUGGUCAAUUUCCUGUAAUUUUAAAUUACAGAAAUAUUAUGUUUUUUUAAAAGCAAUUUAUAGUAUUUUUACAGUUCCCAAAAUGUAAUGAAGUAAUAAUUUACGGAUUUUCUCUGUAAAAAAAUAUGUAAAAUUGCAAAUGAUUGCAUCAUUAAAUGCAGUUGAAGGUCAUUAUGUAUUUAGGGUAUUUUAGAGGUCAACUGGUAAUUCUACAGCCACAAAUGUUAUUUAUUUUGACAUUUAUUUUUGUUCUCACCUAAACAACAUACAAUUUUGCAUUUUGACAACUUAAAUAUAGUAAACUGUAGUAAAACCGCUAAAUCCAUUACGUUUUUGAAACUUUGCCUAACAUAUUAAAUAUUAAAAUUAAGUAUUUACGUGUGCAAUGGUUAUCAAUUCACUAUAGCAAAUACAACAUACAGUAUUUUAACAAUUUGUAAUAAUUUCUGUAAUAUAUUACAGUACGGCAGUAUUUUUUAUUUAAACAACAAUAUUGUAAUUAAUCUGCAAUCAAACUUAUAACUCUCCUUUUGGGCAUAUAUAUUUUAGUUGUGUAAGACUUCCAUCAUCCAAUCAGAGGCUGCAAAUUUAAAUUUGGUGCACUUGCGUCGUAACGGCUGUGAGUGGCGGUACUAGUGCCAGCAGCAGAGCCAGAGUGGGAGUUUUCAAACUCCAGUGGAUUACUAUGGUAGUGAUGGGAAGUCCGGCUCUUUUCUGCGAACCGGUUCUUUCGGACAGUUCGUUUCAAUGAACCGGUUCAAAAGACCGGUUCACCGAUUCUCUUACGCUCUGACGUAAUGACGUCACUCGCCCUGACGAAACGCGUCAAGUCUAGACUCUAGUAUCAUCCCGACCGGCUGGGAUGAAAAUACACUCGGCAUAUUCAAAUAUAAACCAAAACCAGUAAUCAAAACGUCUGUCAGUUAACACAUCACGUCAUGAUCUGACACGUUUCUUGUGCACCCAAAUAGGCACAGUGAAGUGCAGCAAACUAUGACAUUUUAAGUCUUAAAGAUAAAAAGUGAAUAAUUAAUCUUCAUCAGCAUUUUACAGAAACUAUAUGAUCCAUGUAUAAUUCAAUACGAUUUAUGUGUUAUUAAAUAAACUUACGCUUUGCCAGAUUGCUCCAUAUAUUUUAAGUCCUUGGUUCACGUGCGCUCGUAACAUUAGCACAGCAUCAGUUGUCCACACUGUUCUGUAGCCUCACGGUGAAUCACGCAUGCUCACUAUUAUUAGCUCAUCGGUUCUCACUCACGACCGACUCGGACGUGUCCGAAAGUGGCAGCGGCUCUUCGGUUCGUGUACUGCUGAAUCGAAAGCUGUUGCAACCGGCUCUUGACUCGAGAACGAGAACCGCUCUAGCAGUGGCAUGAACGUAAACGGCGCUGCAGAUUGGUUUACUUACAGUGAUAAGGCAGUAAUAAAGUCCUAAACAUCUUUCCAAUCUGUUUUAUAGUAUCACACUUCUGUUUUAUAAAAAUAUCUGACUUAGACGCUUUUUAUCUGCUUUUAAAAUUAACGCAUGCGCAGUAUCAUCGGUUCUGAGUCGGACGUGUCCGAAAGAAGCGGCUCUUCGGUUCGUGAAUCGAAAGCUGUUGCAACCGGUUCGUGUCAGAAGAAGCGAUUUGCGAACCGGCAACCGGUUCGACGGUUCACACAUCGGACAUGUCCUACAGAAAUGGUUCUCGUGACUCUAGAAUCUUCUAGUCUGCGAGAGCGAUUCAAGGAAACAUUUAGAUUUAUAUAAUCUUGUUUAGAAAGUAAAUAAAAUGUUCAUGAAAACACCAUGGAUUACUUAUGAAACAAAUAAAUGUUUAUUUAUUAUUUUUACAAACAAUUAUUUUUAACCUUUACAAUAAUUAACAUAAAAGCACAACUGCACAAACGUUUUCUGUAAUGCAUUUUAAGCAACAUUAAUAUAAAGAAUAUGUUUGUACAAAUAUUUAUGACCAUUAAAAGGUGUGAUCUGUGUUCAAAUGUUUGUUCAUGUUGGGUCCGUGUACGUUUUAUUCAUUUGAUAUCCUAUUCGAAAUCAAAUAACGAGAAAUUGAAAAAUUACUAGUUUCUUGUUUUUCCGUUUAGUUCACCAAACGGAAAUUUCGUUUUUGGCCCGAUAUUUUAUUUUUCGUUUGGGCGUUGCUUUUACAUGUGGGCGUUGCUGUAACGCCUCUUUCACCCGAUUGGUCAAAUCGCUCACCAUUCUGUACGGCCUCAAUUCUGCCAGGCAGAAUAAGAGUCACCGCCAGUCCUCCAGUUUAAUACAAGUUAUUGUCGCAACGCGAACCACUGCUUGCUGUGAACUGUGCGUGAUAUUUAAGCAGAAAUAUGUGUUGCAAUGUACGCCAUGAAGUGUGCUGUAUACAGUAUAACUUCCACAUCUAACACCCCUUUCACAGACGUUGAUCCCAGAAAAUUGCUGCAAAAUUGCUAGAGAGUGCUUUCAGUGGGAUUGAUCUAGAAAGGUACCUAUUAUUAUUAGUAGUAGUAGUAUUAAUACGUUGCCUGCACCAGAAAGCGCCUUGUGAACAAAAGGCAAGAACAAUGCAGUAAGGGGUCCGUAUUGUGAUGACAAAUAAAGUGGCUAUAUAAACAAGGGAGUAAUUUAUGUUCGUCAAUUAUUCUAAAAAAAUACGAGAAUAACAUUGUCUGCAGCUAAAAGCAGUUUUAAAUUUUGAAAUUACUAUAAAAUUAAUUAAUACAAAGCGCUUCAAAGCUUGAUCGCUUCAACCUUUAAAACACGGCUUUAUCUGCGUGUAAGCUACGAGGCUACUGCUAACAGACUCGACUUUCACCCGAACAUUUAGAUGUGCUUGUUUUUCUCAAAAACAUUGCAGACGCCAUGAUGUUCAUAUAAAAAUAUCAUAUACAUAAUGCAGUGCUGCCAACUCUCACCAUUCGCCGCACUCACGCCACACAUCCAAUUACUCACGCAAAAAAAACGAUCUUGGGCUGAGACUAGGGUUGUUCCGAUACCGUAUCGGAAAUUCCACCUAUACCACAUAAAAUUCUGGUAUCGGUGAGUACUUGAAUCCAUGUACCGAUCCGAUACCAAUUUCUUAAACAGGACCUAGUUAUGCCCGCUAGCUUUGCUUAACGCUGCAAAUGGCAAGGCUUCUUCGCUGCUCAGAAUGCAAACGCAGAAAGUUGUGCUGUGAAGAAAUGAAAAUGUGCUAGGGACAUGUACGAAUAUUCGAUCCGCAAUAAUUAUUAGAAAAUUAAAAAUGCUAUUUGAAUAUUUUUAUUUUUCAUUAAAAAAAACUGCAUCACCACAGGUUUAGAAUUGUCUUGUCUUAUUUAACGCUUCUUCACUUCAUCUGUAAUGACUUUAUAACGUACAGAAAAUAUAAAAAAUAAUUUGCAUGUGUUCUAAAUUUCUUCAGUCAGAUCGCAAACUAGUUUAAAUAUUUUAAGUUCACACACGGCGGCCUGACGGAUCGCGUGUUAUGCUCAGCUCACAUCACCAAAAAGGUUUUAAAAACUGGCGAGCCACAGAAUUCGUUAACAUUACUUAUAUAUAAGUUGGUAUAAAAAUACCAACGUAAUAUUAAAUGAUUCGAUAAUUAAUUUAUUUAUUACCAUAACUUGUUCGGAGCGGUUGUUUGUUCGUUAGAAAUAUGUUUGGGCUAACUAAUGCUGAUUUCAAUAACUUUAAACAUUAAAAUGAACAUUUCACUGCAACUAAUGUUAAUAAAUGUGGCCUUAGCAUAAGACUGGUACCUUUCUCCAUACCUAAAGCCUGCAUUUUCAUCCUAAGAACUUCAGGGUCGUCGCCUUCAAGUUAUAGCCUGUAAAUAAAUAACAGGUGUUUGUUUUAAAACGCGUUGAAAUUCUAGUUAGGCUAAUUUUAUUUUAUUUAUUGAUGUAAAUGCAAUGCUAAACAAGACAGACACUGACCAUGAAACGACAAAAACAAUAUUUGGGGUGGUGAUCAGCAGAAUUCGUCAGGGAAUACCAAGAGACGGAGGCUCAAAUGCGGAAAAUAACAGGGUUUUAUUGUGACACCAAAACAAACCACAAAGCAGUUCUGAAAUGCAGUCCUCGGGGAGGGAAACUCAACCCGAACUCCUAGAGUGAGAAUAAUCCACUGAGCGUUGCGGGGAGGGAAACUCAACCCGAACUCCACGUAGAGUGAGAAUAAUCCACUGAGCGUUGCGGGGAGGGAAACUCAACCCGAACUCCACGUAGAGGGAGAUAGGAGAAAAUCGAACCGGAGAGACGACCCGCGCCGAAGCUUCCUGCGAGGACUGCUGGAAGAGAUACCCCCAGACCCGAAACGCCAACGGGAACCAGUGCUCCAGACGGAAAAGGUGAGUGCCUAUGCAGGAGUGCUGGGUAAGCCCCAGAGGUUAAAUGCAAAACAGGGAAACAACUGAGAACUAGACCAGACGACUAAGACAACUGAGAAAACUAACAUGAACAAGGGCUACGGCUGAGACUAUGGCUAAGACUAUGACAGAUCAAUACAAGAAAUCACUAACAGAGUAUUCAAAACAGGGAACAGGUCAAUACAGACAUUAAACGUAACGGACUGACACGAGACAGAAGGAAAAAAGCGACUAAAUAGAGAAAACUAGCUAGAGAGAAGUGGCUGCAGGUGUAAGAUAAUAAGGAGCCAGGGGCGCCCAAUCGUAGGAAGACGAGCUACAGGUGGCAGAGUGAAAACAGUGACGAAAACACCGGUGUGCGGGAAAAGCCUGACAGGGAGACACGAGGGCGGGGCGAAUGACGUGUACACUGAGCACAAGGCAAACUGUCAAAACAAUGAACGCAUGUGCUCAACAGAACAGACACACCCCCAUGCAGGAAGAGCGCCGAAGUUGCCGAGAUCAUAACAAGAAUUAGUCAUUUUUCCUCAAAUGCCGGUCACGUAAUAAACAACAAGCACUACAAUGGCUCCGUCUUUGUUUUUAGGAUCAAGUAACAGGAGGUAUCAAGCCUGUUUACUUUAUUUAUUAUCAACAUUAUAAACAAUAAAGCCAGAUAUUCUUGUCAGAUCUGGGUUUUGUUACCAGGAGUUAGAGAAGAUCAACGCGUUUUCUCCGCUGUCAGCUUGUUAACCGUCGGCUUGUUGAACAGACUUUCACCAGAGUAAAAUAGACCUACUGUAUUAUGCUUGUUUUUCUUAUCAAGAACAUGUUAAACAAACUAAACAAGAUAAUCAUAUAUCACAGACUUUCAAUAUGCGUUUUGUUCGUUUUGUUUUGUAUGUUUGUUUUUGUAUGAUUUCGCUUCGCGCAGGUUUAAAUGCAGUUUUUAUGUAUUUUUCUAUUUUUUUCCAACGUUGCUAAUCUUUUCAACAUUAAAAGUCCUAUAUACAGGAUCUAAUAUUAGUGCAUUAUGAAUAUUUAAUGAUAGUUAUAAGCUUGAUGUGAAAUUGUGUCUAAAUAAAAACGAAACAAAUUACGUAUUUUUUCACUUAAUUUAAAUAAAUGAAUAUUCAAAUAUUCGUUUUUUAUGAGCUCAAAUAUUCUAAUAUGAAAUUAUUGAAAAAUUCCCAUCCCCAGUGCUAGCGCUGUUUGGCAGUAUUUCAGAGUGGACCAACCAGCCAGUAAAACUGCGAUUUAAGAAAAAUUAAUAACAUUACUGUCAAUUGUCUGUCAGAUAAUAAACAUACUCUAAUUUACUGUAUGUAUUUGUUCAUGUUUUAUUAAGGAAUAAGUCUGAAGCACACCAUAAAAUAAUUCUAUCAAUUCACACAGGGCUAGUAUAUCAGCUCGGAUACUCGGUGUCGGCUGAUUCCCUGAGCCCAGGUAUUGGAAUCGGUAGGAAAAAGGGUAUCGGGAAGGAAAAAGGGUAUCGGAACAUCCCUAGCCGAGACUCGUUCGUUCCUUUUCAAACUACCCGACGGUAGAUGGCGCUGAUGGCUGGCUGCACCCCGAAGUUAGCGACAGAAGAAUAGAUACCCUAAAGACAACGAGAGAAACUACCACCUCGAGAAGUCUGAUGAUGAAUCUGAGACUAAGGCCAAAGAAAAGGACUCUGUGUGGAUGAAGACUUUUUCUCAUCUGUAGGACCAAACAGCACUUCGAACAGGCAAGAUGUAUUCCAAAGAAUUUAAAUUUGUGCAACAGAAGUAGGCAUGUUUUUGUAACUGAGAGUAGAGUUAUUAAACCAACAUGACCAUAAAUUCUUUAAGGUUUCAAAGAUGUCCCGUAAGAGACCUUUGCCAGGACAAAAGCGAAACCUUUUAUUUUAUUUAAAGAACCAGCCAAGUGAGAAAAGACAGACAAACACACUGGCAGAACAGCCAGAACGACUGAUAGAAAACACACUGGCAGAACAGCCAGAACGACUGAUAGAAAUGACAGGACAAACAGAGGAGCAACACACAGGACAGAGAGAGCAACAGACAGGACAGACUGACAAACACGUAGAGGAGCAACAGACAGGACAGAUAGACACACAUGCGGAGGAGCAACAGACAGGACAGAUAGACACACAUGCAGAGGAGCAACAGACAGGACAGAUAGAACGACCAACAGGGCAGAUGGAAGAAGACACAGAGGGACAGACAGAAGAGACCCCCCCAAUCCAACAGCAGGGACAGAAGAGUCGUGCUUUGGCUGGAGCAGCAAGAUAUACUGUAGAUCCAUUUUCAAAAAUGAGUGGACCUCUUCAUGGCCAUUUAUUACCAGAGGGAGCCUCAACACGCACUACUGGUGCGCAGUCUGCCGUAUUGAAAACUCAUGUUGCCACCAGGGUGUGGCAGAUGUAGUGCGCCACAUAAAAAGCAAAGGCCACCAAGAAAAGCAACGGGCUCUCCAGUCCACAGCCACAAUAUCACAAUAUGCAAUGCCUGUUCCCUCUGUUGGGGGGAUGUCUGCACAAGAGGUUAAGGUAUGAUAUGUGUAAUGGUUCUGUCAAGGUUCAGUCAAGAGUUUUGUGUUAUAGUUGAUCACGGUAAAGUCAUGGUUGAUAGUUUUGACUAAUUUGUGGUUUGUAUUUCAGUGUAGUACAGUCCAAUUUUCUUAAUUUGAGAUCUUAGUUGCUGAAUGUGUUUUUUCCUGUGCCCUAUUAUCGCAGGUGUCUAUUUGAAAUAAAUCUUUUGGGAGGAUUAAUAAUUUUUAAUUUUUUACAGACAAGAAGGGCUGAUGUCAAAGUGACAGCUGAGCUGGUAGUUCACAACGUCCCCCUAGCCUUGUGUUCUUGGUGCAUUUUCCAUAGGUGACAGGAGCCAAAGAAUUCGAGAGGCUUGCUGCCAUCGCCAAACUGGUCCUGGUGUUGCCCCAUGCAAACGCAGAUGCUGAGAGGGUGUUUUCAGUUGUGGGACUGAACAAAACCAAGAGAAGAAACAGCCUAGCAUUGGAUGGCACCCUGUCAUCAAUAAUGACCAUAAAGAUGGCCAAUCUGGAGCCCUGCUUCAAAUGGGAGCCCCCCUCAGAUAUCAUCAAGGCCUCCAAGAAGGCCACAGGCCAGUAUAACCAUGCCCACAGAUCAUAGACAAGGACUUUACCCAGCUUCUGAUCUGCAUCUGAUACUGAUUAUGCCUCAUUUUUAGUUAUUUUUGUAAUGCAUACAUCUGUUUUAUUGCUUGAAAAAGUUGUACUGUUUAAGCACUUUAUUUGUUGCACUUCAUUUGUUUCUGAUGGACCAUGUGGUGGGAGGCUUUGAAUGAAGAAUAAUGUCCCUCCCUAACUAAUCUUGUGUCGUUUUUGGCUGAACAUUAAUCAUCAAGUGCUCUUAAGAAUACAAUUAUUCACAACAUAGGCUAGGUUUCAGUUAAGAAUUAGUUUAAUACCAUUCUAAUCAAAAUAUCAAUCAACCUACCUAGGUCAAAUCUUAAACACUGGUCUAUGAAUAAGGCUUUAUUGUGGUACAUAGGCAGUCAAUUAGGCACAACAAUAGUUUUCUGGUUAAGUGUUCAGCUCAAGUCUAGAAGGCCCUACAAGUCAUUAUGCCGAACAUGAAUCAGAAUAAGUUCAGGUAUUGCACAUCUUUAGCAGACCACCCAAAAAUCCACUAGAAUGCAGGAAAUCACAUCUACUUAAUCCAAACUUUCCUGGGGGUGGACCUUCAGCUAUGUCUGCUUCACAGAAUGUAACCAAUAUUUCCCAUCUCCAGUAGGCUGCCCCUAUCAACGGCAUUGGGCCUCCCCACAAACCACCAGAAUGCAGGGUACAACAUCAAAUUAAUUCCAAUUCUCUGAUAUCUGAGCCACCAACUUGUGUGGCUGCAUGCGCGGCAUAAUUUUAAUCACCCCUGACAAAAUCUCACUCCAAGGUGUGUUUAACAUGGAUCCAUUGUUGCCCACCCUGAACAUUUUGGACGCAAGUGUGCCACAAAAUAGGCAAACAUGCCUUCUUAAGGCUUCAAAGGAGGCCAAGUCACUGGCAUCUCGCAACACAUGCCAUGAGAGGAGCACAGUCCCGGAUAAAAGGACGGCUUGUCAUGAAGCUAUAAAGAGAUGUCAGCCUAUCACCUCGACUCCAUCAGAGGUGCAGUACCAUGGCCAGCUUAAUCUGACCUUUGGAAAAUGCAAUGGUCAAAGCUAUAAAUGGCUGGUGGAGAAUGAUGUUGGCUACAUUAAGUAAGCUCCACAUAAAAGAAAGCCGCCAUCCUGACAAAAAAACCGAGCCGUGGCAGCUGGGUGAAGGAUCUCCUGUUGAGGUAUGUGCAGCAGUUUCCACAGGUCUCCUGCCACCUCGAGAUGAACGUGGACAGGGCCAUUUAUGGGCAGGGCCGCUUUAGAUCGUUCCCGUUCCUAGAGAUGUGGCAGUGGUACAGCCUGCGCAAGAACCUUCAAGCUGACCCACAAGCUGGGACCGCCCAAGAGAGGAAGAUGGCACAGGAGGCAAACUGCUCCGUGCGGCAGUGGCUGGUGAUGAAGGAGGAGGACAUCAUCACCAAGUCACUGAAGCGCUUCAGGCGGUACAUUCUCGACAAAGAGAAUCCUCCCCAGGACCGGACCCCUCCUGCAGCAGCUGCCAGCUCCAGCUCAUCGGGGUCCAAAGGUGAUCGUGUUUGUGCGGAUGAUGCUCUGCUUUUAGAAACUCUUGCCUCUUUUGAAGGAGAAGGAGAUGCAGGGGGUAGAAAAAAGACUCUGAAAACAAAGGCCCGUUCAGAUCCUCCACAGAAGCCACACACAUACUCUGUUUCAUCAUCAGCUGCUCCUGCAUCAGCUCCUGGUGUUGAUCAUGGGAUGACAUAUAAUGUGACUGAUGCUGAUGUGACCUGUGCAGCAAUUCGACCCUCUACAGCAAGAUCGACCCUCUACAAGAGGAAACGGUCAGAGCGAAGUGGUGUGGGACCUCCAGCUGAGCUUAAAGUAUACAUUUGUGCACUGGGUGGCCAAUCCACUCAAGGCCACCUAAAGUACAGGAAAAAAACUUACUGUGAAAGCACCAAAUCGUCCACAUCCAAAGGCCUUGCAAAACAGACUUUUGCAAACUUUGCAGACUUUAAAAAGGCAGUGGACAAUGUCUUGGACUCUCAGUCCCAGCCCCUCGAGUCUGUCUAGGCAGACAUACUGUAUAGUGUAGUUUUAUAUUUCUGUAUAUAGUUCUCUCUCUCUCCUACACCUAUAGCUGUACUGUAAGGUAUUACAAAACAGCAAAUAACUGAGUUUACAUUGACAGUACUGCUAUUUAUUUUUAUAUACUUAUAAUUUUAUAUAUAAUAAAAUAAUAGUUCUUACUGUUCCAUCUUGUUGUCAAAGAAAAAAUUGUGUUUUGAAUAAAUGACAUGGCAACACUUUGCUUACAGCAGCACUUGCUCAGAGGUUCCUUUGCACUUUUAAUGUUAAGUUAAUAAUUGUGGUAAUUGAGGACUUUAUUAUGUCUGUUUUUCUAAAUGUUAGAAUGUCUAAAAUGUGUAUUAUUUAUUAAACAAUGUGUACAACUUAAA